AUGCUACAUGAACAACCGUCCUACCAGCAACCGUCCUACCAGCAACAAUUGGAGUCCUUGGUAAUGAAGCUCCAAGACGACUCGUGGCGGGUGCUGCAGCUGGGCGCGGGCGGCGAGAAGCGACUCACGGCCAUCCAUGCCAUCGCGGACCGUCAACUGGACUCUGUCGAUUCGGACAUGCUCACAUGCGGCCUCGUGGACAUGUUCGCCAAGUGUGAGUCGUUCCAGUAA